AUUUGGUGUAGCGCGCAUGACUCAACAAUUGAAUUGAGUUCGAAAUUGUAAACGCGCUCUCCGUACCGUGUUUCGAACAGCGACAACCGGCGAGCACAGCACACUGCAGAAACGAUCGAAUCACGGUAGUGAAACUUAACGUCCCAAAACCACUCACGACAAAUCAGUUUCAAACGUCAAGCUAGUGUCGGCAGUGUAUUUUGGAACCUUUCAAAUGUUUCGAGCGAAAAAGAAACCGGCCGUGGGUGUGUGAUCGACUAUGUGCGUUUGUGAAUAGAUUGAAAUUAAAAAUAAACCCGCCGCAAGAUAUCCACAAUCCACGCGUAUAUGAAAAUACAAACAAAAUAAUUAGUGAAAAGAGAUAAAUUAUUAACAUAAUAAUGAAGUGUACAUAUGUAUUUAGUAUAUAUAAAUUCGAAGAAUUACUUUAUUAAAUAAAGGAAAACCUUUUCAAAGAUAUCAAUGACUUUUAAAGGUUAGCAGCAAAGAUAAUGGGCAAAUUGUAUGUACGUCCGUAUAUCGUUUGUGAGUGGAUAAAUAUAAAUUUAUAUUCAAAUAUCCUCUAAAUAUAAAUUCAUGUUUCAGCAACCCGGUUGCUAGUAAAUUAUGCAUCCAAAAUGCCGAUGAGAUUAGGUUUAACCAAAUAACUGGACAUUCAUCAGUACAUCUUACUUAGUAUAUCAGACGACAACUUGAAAUGAUCAACUACGAAGACAUAAAAACGUGAAUAAACCAAACCACAUCAAGUGAUUCCUACAGAGAGACGCCACGGCAAAUCAUAGUGUUUUAAAGCAAAAUUGAUAUUUUGAAAAACUUGAAUACUUGUAUUAGUACAAUUACCUUUGAUGGUUAAAGAGGCUGGAUGAGUGUAACAGCGUUUUGGAUAUCUGAAAAAUUGGUUGGGCGAUUUAUCACGGGUGUCAGUUGUCACAUCUGUGCAUUUUACGUGGAAUCAGUAUUAGUGAAAAAAUCCGAUUUUAGUGAAAGAAUUAUUAUCGUGGGUUUGUUGAAAAGACGAGAAUUACCACCGUUAUUAAGCAUCCUUGACAGCAAACCUUGAGAUAUUCCAAAAGACGCACAUGGGCGUCUGCACCGAAGAGCGCCCUGUGAUGCAUUGGCAGCAGAGCGCAAGAUUUCUUGGGCCAGGUGCGAGAGAAAAAAGUCCAACCCCACCUGUAGCACAUCAAGGAAGCACUCAUUGCGGCAGUGCUGCAGGUGUAAAUAACAAUCGUCUGCUUUACAGAUCUUGCUCUUCCUGUCCCGAACUUUGUGACCACAAUACCAAGCCUUAUAGCUCGACAUUUAAUGAGCCAUUUAAAAGCUAUGAAAUCGCAGACCGCACACUAUUCAGCGAAACUGCACUAAAAUACGCAAUAAGUCGAGCGCGGCCUGACUGUUUGGAAGUGAAUGAGGAAACUACCUCAAGAAUAUCCUUUAAAACGGAGCCAUAUGGUCCACCAAGUAGUCCAGACUCCACGAAUGAAACACCAAAUCUGCCUCGAAGUCUAGAAGAUUGCGCUGGUUGCGGUCGAUUCAUACAGGAUCGUUUCUACCUCUCUGCAGUUGAUAAACGAUGGCAUAUUAAUUGCUUGCAAUGUCACGCUUGUCGACAACCGUUAGACCGAGAAUCAUCGUGCUAUUCGCGAGAUGGAAACAUUUACUGCAAGAAUGAUUACUAUAGUUUUUUUGGGACGAGGCGCUGUUCAAAAUGUCGAGCAUCGAUUAGUUCGACAGAAUUAGUAAUGAGAGCCAGAAGCUUAGUGUUUCACGUAAACUGCUUUUGUUGUACGAUUUGUAAUGCGCCACUUACCAAGGGCGAUCAAUAUGGAAUUAUAGAUGCUCUUAUAUACUGCAGAACUCAUUACAGCAUCGCACGCGAAGGCGAUUCAGCGUCAACAAGACUUGGAGGUUCAUUCGCAUAUUGCGCAGACUUUGAUUCUCCUCAAAAUGAGUCCUCAAGUCCGCAUUCAGAUCCCUCUCGUAUUGUUCCUAGUGGCAUAUAUAUGCCAACUUCACAUGUAAUCUCAGGACUAACGCAGGCACCGCGGCAAAAAGGUAGACCUCGGAAACGUAAACCUAAGGAUAUUGAAGGACUCACUGCCAAUUUGGAUUUGAAUACGGAAUAUCUAGACUUUGGACGUGGAUCUCAAAUGACUGCUUCCCGGACGAAACGGAUGCGAACCUCUUUUAAACACCACCAAUUGCGUACGAUGAAGUCUUACUUUAAUAUAAACCACAAUCCGGAUGCUAAGGAUUUGAAACAACUUUCCCAAAAAACAGGACUGCCAAAGAGAGUUUUACAAGUAUGGUUUCAAAAUGCUAGAGCAAAAUGGAGGCGUAUGAUGAUGAAACAAGAUGGUUCCAAUAUUUUAGAAAAGGGCGAUGGAUCUCUGGAUUUAGAUAGCAUAUCUGCUCAUAGCCCUACUUCUUUCUUAAUGGGCGGCGGCAGUGGCUCUCCUCAACAUACCAUAGAGUAGCAGACAUAUCCAUUACUGCUUCCGCAUAGAGAACUUUGAGCUAAUCAGUAUACAUACAUACGUUGUUGCUUUAUAGAUAUUACAACUGUUUCUAUAGCAGUAGCUGUAGUCUAGAAUCUAGAGCAUCCGCUUUGCGCACGCGCACCAGUCCAAUGCAAAAACCACGGCAGGGAAUUUACCGCCUACAUUUGUAUGCAUUCAUGCGACUACACACAUCCCUAUAAUACAUACAUACAUACAUAUGUAUAAUACACUACUACACACAGUUAAACUUUAAAGAAUAGCAAAAUGCACGCCGCAUGCAUUUACAAGUGAAAAACUGAACUAAAUACGAGUUUCAAGUUUAUACUACUUAUAUCUGCAUAUGCAUAUGUAUGUAUGUACAUAUGUACAAACCAGUACACAACCUCAACCGGCCAAUAGCCAUAUUGAAAAUAUAUUAAACCGUAACACAACCGAAAAUUCAUAUCUUAUGCGCAUGGGCUAAUACGAGUAAAAUAUUUUUGUAAAUGUAUUUAGAUAUAAUUACAUACCAUAGAAGAUAUUAUUUAAACAUAAUGCCUAAAUCCGAACUUGUUACUUCUAGCACCUUUGGCACUUAAUGGUUCAUAUAUUUAAAUAUGUUAUAAGAUAUUUUCUUAUUUAAGUAUUUAAGUAUUUUUAUAUAUGCAUAAACAAAGUUAGAUCAUAAAAGUGCGUACAAUUAAUAACGAUUAAAAUUGUUUCGAUUUUUAACAUUCUGAUUGUAUCUUUGUAAAUACAUGUGCCGAAACAAGGUCAACCUACAUAUAUUUCCUUUGGUGCGGCUUUUAUCUUUUUCGACCUCGUCUUUACCUAAUAGAUUAAAUUUUAAAAUUGUAGAUUAAUAUCAUUAAAAGUAUGUACAUGUAUUUUGAUUUGGCGAUGGGAAUGUACAUAUUUAUGACAUAAGCACACGGUUAUAAACAUAUACCAUUUAUCCCGUGGUAUACCUAAACUAUAAUCAUGCAUAUGUAUAUAUGUAUUUGCCAUUGAUGUACAUAUAUGGUUUAUAAAGGCAACAAUAAAACGAGGUCGACAGUUCAACACAUACCUUUAUUUAUUUGGGGAUUUUGUAAAUGUUUUACCAAACAAAUUGUGCAAAAGUCGUAUACUUCAUUGUGGUUCUUGCAUUAUUAUUUGAAAUAAAUCAAUUCGCUAGCUGUUUGAUCAAAUAUUCAACAAUAUAACGGAUGUGUAAUCUAGUUUUAAUAGAAGCAAACAAAUAAUUAAUGCAUUGAUUUUAUGCCAGUACCUCUUCAAUCAAUCUAAUGAUAGUUUUGGGUCUCUAUAAACUUUUUUACUUACUUAUUUUGCCUUUGGAGAGUAGUUUGAGUCGGAAAUGACCGUAAAACUUUUUGGGAAAAGAAAGGAGCGUUCCAUUCAUUUGAGUUAAAUCAAGAAAACAUUAUUAUUUUAAAGUCGCUUAACUUUUAAUGGUUUUACAGUCGUUAAAACUUUUUUUGGAAUAAAUGUAAUACCUAGUCGUUUCACUAUAAUAAUUUCUGUUCAACGAACUUACGAAUUAGUCUAUUUAUAAAAGGCUGGCCGUUAAACCUACAUAUAUAUACUACUUAGUAUACCUAUAUUAUUUUACCCUGUGUUUAAUUACGCAAACAAAUACAUAUUAGUGAUUUUAGAUAAACACCUUUUACUAGUCAAUAAGAAAUUAAUUUCCAUAAGUUGUAUACUUUACAAAAUAAGAUUAAUUACGAGUAUCUUUAUAUACUUACAUAUUUAUUAUUACUUUUUUGUUGUGUAAUGCCAAUAAUUGCUAAAAGGGUUUUAAAUCUGGUCUGGUCUGGGUGUAUGUACUGUGGCCCAAUUUCUGUAUUUAGUUCCUUAUUUUAUACUGUCGCGCACUAACCAAUAAUAUUUAUAGCUAAAUUCCAAAAAAUAAACACCCCAUUCUGUAGUAAAUUAUAUGUACAUGUAUGUAUAUUGCUUUAUAAAAUUAUAAAAAGUGUAUUUACGAGUAUUAAACAAUUUUAACAUCAACUGGAGAAAAAAAUUCUUUAUAUUUCUUGUAAAUAACAUAUUAUGUUUAUUUACUAUUGUAUAGUUGAUAGCGAAUAAAUAAUUGCUUAAGAUAAAUUUUUACAAAAUAAAUACUCGAUAUUUUAUUUAUGUAUGCCACGAUUAACCUUUCACGUUAUGCGAUUUAUAGAGAUUAUGGAAAAAAUUAAAUAAAAGCCAAUGCAAUUUCAAACUGAAAUCUUAGUUCCUAAGUUAUUGAGGUUUUUCAAAUAUGGCAAGAAGAGUAGCUUUCACCGCAAUUUUUAGAUGAAGUAUAAAUUCAAUAUCUUGUUACGUUAGAGAAGUAGUGGAGAAAUUAAAGGAUUUUUUUUGCAUUAAUAUUAUUUAUGAUUUUAGCACUUUAUAUAAACUUAUUUAUAUUUUACGUAUGAACAUGAUGUCUUUUGACUUCUAAGAGUAUCAA